AUGGCCACACUGCAUGAUGACCAUCGUCCAUCUCUACUCACGACAGAGAUCAAGUCUCCUUUGGCAGACUCACAAGCGCAGGACGACCCACCCAUCGAUGAGUUUAAACCCGACUUUCGGUUCCGUCUGGCCUGGGCCUCGCUACUCAUAAUCGUUCUGAUGGCCGCCCUGGACGCUACUUCGCUCUCUGUUGCGCUCGCCAAAAUCGCCAACGUGCUCCAUGGAACAGCCAUCGAAGCUUUCUGGGGAGGCACAUCGUUCCUUUUGACCGCCACUGUUUUCCAACCUGUAUUUGGCUCCAUCAGCGGUCUCUUUGGUCGCAAACCUUUGCUCUAUGUCUCCCUGGUCUUGUUCUUCAUCGGUGCCAUCGUUGGGUCGGUCGCGCCACGUGGAAAAGGCAUGGCGGUGCUUCUGGCUGGCCGCAGCAUCCAAGGCAUUGGCGGCGGAGGUAUCAUUGUCCUGAGCGAGAUCAUCCCGACAGACUUGGUGCCUUUGAAGGUUCGAGGCAAUUACAUGAGCACGGUCGGUGCUAUGUGGGCUAUAGGCAGCGUCUCCGGUCCUUUGAUGGGGGGAGGCUUUGCCACCAACGACACCAACUGGCGCUGGAUCUUCUGGAUCAACAUUCCGUUCGUCGUCAUUGGCGGCUUGAUGAUCACUAUCUUCCUGAAGCUCAACAAAGUCUCCGGCACUGCCAUAGACAAGCUGAAGAGAAUCGAUUACGUGGGCAUUGUCGUCUUUGUGGCAUCCACCACGAGCGUCUUGAUUCCUUUGACUUGGGGUGGUGUUAUGUAUUCGUGGUCUAGUUGGCGCACAUUGGUGCCUCUGCUCGUCGGAGCCGCCGGCCUCGUCUUGUUUGUCAUCUGGGAAGAAAAGUUCGCCGCCGAGCCUCUCAUUCCGUUCGACAUCGUCAAGUCGGUGAACAACGCUGCUGUCUACUUCGGAACCUUCAUCCACGGCAUGAUCUUAUGGUGCAUGCUCUACUACGGACCUCUAUACUUCGAAGCCGUCAAAGGUUACUCGCCCAUCCUAUCUGGUGUCGCAUUGUUCCCAGCAACAUUCACCGUUGCGCCUGCCAGUAUGGUGGUCGGCAUACUUGUGACAAAGUCAGGAAGAUACAGAUGGUCUAUCUGGGGCGGCUUCUUUUUCGCUACCCUCGGAUUUGGUCUGCAGUACAUGUUGUCCCCCAACACUCCAACCGUCGCUUGGGUCUUCUACUCAAUCAUCACUGGCGUCGGCACAGGACUGUUGUUUCCGGGAUUGAUGUUUGGCGUGCAAGCUGCUACAGACGAGUCGAUCGUCGCUCCCGCCAUGACAUUGUUCGCUUUCUUGCGUACUUUCGGCCAGGCUGUCGGAGUGGCUGUCGGCGGCGUCAUCUUUCAGAACGAACUCAAGAAGCAAAUCUCAAGUCAUGCCUUGAUCGCGUCAAACGCAGCAGAGUGGGCAAAGAACUCAAGUGCCUUGGUAGAGAUCAUUGGCCACAUGCCGGAUGGGCCUGCCAAAGAUGCUCUCAUCCAAAGCUAUGCUGACGCGCUGAAGAUCGUGUGGGCAACAUGCUGCGCACUUGCUGGGGCGGGACUUAUUGCGAGUCUCUUCAUCAAGGGCUACUCUCUCGAUCGCGCUCACGAGUCGAAGCAGCAGUUUGCCCGGAAAGAGAAGAAGUCCGAAAAGGUACAAGGUGCAAAUGUUUAG